AUCGAGUGGACAAUGUCCGCCGUACGAUUGCAUUACUUAUUGGUGUUGUGGUUUGUGAUUGUUAACUGUGAAACCUAUGAUGAACGUCCAAAAAUCAAAUCCGAAAACGGUGAUCUUAUAUUUGAAUCGGCUUACGAUAGAAACAUUUACCUAAAAACAAACGGUCCUAAAUCUGUCAUUUAUUUAGACGAUUUAAAUAUUAACGCUUUGAAAAAUAUAUCGAAAUACAGCGCUUAUUUAGUGUCGACCGGAAAUAAAGACGAACAGAGUAAUUUCAAUAAAAACAAUGACAUAAUUAAUAGAGAAAGUAUGGAAAAACGAAAUGAUUUUCAAAAUAAUGUGCAACUUAAUAUUACCUAUUUGACACGGAGAUUUAAUAAUUUGAAGAAUAGAAUACGAGCUUUGGAACUGUCGGUAAAUAAUAAAAAUAAAGACCAAUGUCAAUCACAUCCGUGUGAAAAUGGCGGAACUUGUCUAAAUCUAGCAAAUGGUUUUUACUGUUUGUGUCCAUCAAACUGGAAAGGCGCUAGUUGUAAUGAAGAUGUAAACGAAUGUCGUAAUUACGCAGGAACUGACUUAGGUUGUCAGAAUGGAGCGACUUGUAUCAACAAACCGGGAUCAUAUGAGUGUCUGUGUAGACCCGGCUGGUAUGGACUGGAUUGUACGAGAAAAGCUAAAGAUUGCACCGGUGGGGACUAUGAAAUGUGCGGCCAUGGAACGUGUGUUUCUGUUACAACGGGAGAAGGUAUCAAGUGUUUUUGUAAUCAAGGUUGGACUACAAACGGAACUAGUGUUGCUUGCCUCACUGAUGUCGAUGAGUGCGCGUCCGGUCAAACGCCACGUUGUUCAGCAAAUCCAAAAGUAGAAUGUAUAAAUUUGCCUGGUUCAUUUAAAUGUGGACAGUGUCCAGUUGGUUAUGAAGGCGAUGGGUAUGUCUGUCAUGAUAUUGACGAAUGUCUUACAUUAAACGGUGGUUGUAGUACAAAUCCUAUGGUGACUUGUCACAAUACCAUUGGUUCACGGAUUUGUGGUUCAUGUCCACCUGGCUUUCAAGGAGAUGGUGUUACAUGCGUUUGGAGAGGUUCAUGUGCAAUUAAUCGUGGUGGUUGUCAUCCGUCUGCCCAGUGCAUUGAACAUCCCAUGUCGAGUUCUCAAAUUGCACAAUGUGUAUGUCCUUAUGGAAUGGAAGGCGAUGGCGUUGGUCUACGAGGGUGCUAUAUUAAAACAAAUGAUAAUAGUACGCAAAAUUGUGGAAGCAAUCCAUGUGGCGAACACGGCCACUGCCAUGAACUGAAUGAAGGUUAUACCUGCAUAUGUUUGCAAGGGUAUGCCGGAGCUCAUUGCGAGAGGCUGAGUAAUUUGUGUUCCAGUAAUCCAUGUCAAAAUGGUGGAACUUGUAGACCAGAUGAAAAAAUAUCUAGAGGAUAUAGAUGCGAGUGUUCUGCUUUAUAUUCAGGAAUACUGUGUCAAAUUCACUCCCAACCAUGUGGUGGAGUUCUUGAUUCUGAAGAAGGUAGUAUCGUAUAUCCUUUAACAAAUACAACCUAUAAGCAUAACGCCCGAUGUGCAUGGGUAAUACACACCUUACCCGAUAAAGUUAUAAAUGUUACUUUUAGUAAAUUUGAUAUAGAAGCGGAUUCGGAAUGUUAUUUUGAUUUUGUACAAAUUCACGAUGGACGAAGCUCAGCUAAUCAGCUCAUUGGGCGCUUUUGUGGAAAUACUUUUCCAAACGGUGGCAAUAUAAUAUCGAGUCAUAACAAUUUAUACUUUUGGUUUAGAUCAGAUCAUUCUGUAGCCAAAGAAGGGUUUGCUUUACAUUGGACCAGUAUACCACCUGUCUGUGGGGGGGAAGUAGACGCUAGUAAGCAUGGAAGAAUAAGUUCACCUGGAUCACCUGGUAAAUACCCCCCUAAUCGAGAUUGCUAUUGGCAUUUAUCUACAACCCUGGGCAAAAGAAUUCAAUUACAUUUUUUCCAACUUGACAUUGAAGUGCAUGUUAAUUGCAGUUUUGAUUAUAUAGCGAUAUAUGAUGGUGAAAGUACAAGUGAUCCACUUAUUAAUAAAUAUUGUAAUUCGAGCCAACCAGAACCGAUACAGUCAUCUAGUUCUGAAAUGCUUAUACAUUUUCAUUCAGACGCUACUAGUAAUGGUUAUGGCUUCCAAAUAGUUUACGCCCCUAUUGAAGGAGUUCCUGGUUGUGGCGGUUUCUAUACCACGGAUAGAGGAGAAAUAGUUUCACCUUCUUUUGAUGGAGCCUAUUUAAACAAUUUAUUGUGCGAAUACAGAAUUAAGACAAGACAAGAUACAAAAAUUAAACUUACAUUUACAACUUUUAGCUUAGAAAAAUCGUCUUCGUGUAGAUACGACUUUUUGAAAGUAUUUGACGGUUCAUCAUUGGAGGCUCCACUCGUUGGAAAAUUUUGUGGUAACAUAUAUCCAAAAACGUACACAUCUACUACAAAUGAGUUAUUCCUUUUAUUCAAAAGUGAUAUAACUACGUCUUCUGGAGGAUUUAAAAUUAAAUAUGAAGCACUUUGCGGAAAGACAAUUGUUGGGGAUAGUGGAAUAAUAAAGUCUCCCGGAUAUCCAUUUAGUUACCCUAAGCAGACUGUUUGCGAAUAUUUUAUUAAUACCACUCCGGGAAAAGCGAUAGUUUUAACAUUUCAAGAUUUUGACAUUGAAGAUAAUCGAUAUUAUCAUUGCCUAUAUGACCAUGUUGAAAUACGGGACGGGCCUACUGUCAAUUCUACUCUACUUGGGAAAUAUUGUGGAGGAGCGGAAUCGACGCCGCCUAUACAAACAUCAACAUAUAAUUACAUGUAUAUAAAAUUUAAUUCAGAUAUGAGUAUAACCGGCAGAGGUUUUUAUGCUAAUUAUACCACAAUAAAUAUAAAAUGUGGAGGUAUCUAUAAAGAAGCUACUGGUAUUAUAAAUUAUCCCGUAGAUGAAAAUCUUUCGUACACUGUUAAUCAAUCAUGUACCUGGAUAGUAGUUGCCCCUGAAGGAAUGCACAUUAAAUUAAGCUGGAAUAGAUUCGAUCUCGAAGAUAUGGUUGACUGUAACAGUGAUUAUGUGGAACUCAUUGAGUUAGAUAACAAUAAUGAUGAAAACAUAUUAGGUAGAUACUGUGGCGAUACGCUCCCUCCGGCCUUAACAACUUCAUCAAAUCGUCUUCGAAUUAAUUUUAUUUCCGAUAGUACAGUUUCUGGAACCGGCUUUUCAGUUUCAUACUCAUUAAUAGACGAAAAAACUCAUUGUGGUGGACUAUACGUUAAAUCUCAUGGUUUUAUAUAUUCGCCAGGUUGGCCUCAUAGUUAUGAAUCUAAUCGUGACUGUACUUGGAAAAUAAGUGUACCGAAGGGCCAGCAAAUUUUUAUUAAUAUAACCGAUUUUGAUUUAGAACGACCUAUUCGGGACAACUGUGAUUUAGGGGACUAUCUUCUAAUAAGAGACGGAUCUUCUGAACAAUCUCCAUUAAUUGCUAAAAUUUGUGGUUAUUAUAAAUCUAAACGCGUUGUUUCAACUGCUAAUAAUAUUUAUAUUCAUUUUCACUCUGAUUUUUAUUUAUCUGGCAAAGGUUUUAAAAUCGAAUGGGAUGGCACAAUCCUUGGUUGUGGAGGCACAUUGACUAGUAUCCAAGGUAUGAUAGCUUCUCCUAAUUAUCCACAAAAUUAUAACGAAAAUUCAGAGUGUUUUUAUCGUAUUGUUACUAGUAGUGGUUCACGUAUUGCAAUUAGUUUUAGCGAUUUAGAUCUAGAACAUAGUGAACGCUGUACAGACGAUUACCUAGAAAUAUUCGACGGUCGAGAUAGUAAUUCACAUAGUUUUGGAAGAUUCUGCCACAAAAUAACUCCUUUAAACGAUAUUAUGACUAGUCACAACUAUGCUUUUAUAAAGUUUAGAUCCGAUAUUUUAAUAACAAAAAAAGGCUUUUUAUUAAAUUAUCAUACUAUAUGCAAUAACAAUGUCAGUGGCCCCUAUGGUGUGAUUGAAAGUCCAGGAUAUCCUAAUAAGUAUCCAAUAAACUCUAAUUGCCUUUGGACAAUCACGGUGCCAAAAGGAAAUAAAAUAAAUAUCACCUUUACGAAUUUUGAUUUAUUCAGUCCAAUUUCUAGACCUUUCUACAGAAUUUUUCGACCGUAUAAUAGAAUACGUAGUACUGAUCCAUGCAGCGCGGAUUAUCUUCAAGUAAAAGAGACAUCAGAAGAAAAAUUCGGUCCAAAAUUAUGUGGGACUAUUAUGCCGCGGCUUAUUACUUCCGAAAAGAAUUCUGUGCAGAUUAAGUUUGUAUCUACAUCACCCUUUCCUCACAAAGGAUUUCGUUUGGAAUGGUUGAGUUUUGGCUGCGGUGGAUAUAUUCAGAAAGCUUCAGGUUCGUUGUUCUUUGAUAGAGCAUUAAGUUCUUCGGGAGAAAUAGAAUGCGAAUGGACUAUAGAAACACCAUUGGGAACAGCAGUCUCAAUAUCAUUUUCAGAGUUUUAUAUGCUAGAAUCACGAAAUUGCACCGAUGACGCCAUUGAGGUAUAUAAUGGUCAAAGCGCUGAUUUUCCUCUACUAUCAAAAUUUUGCCAUCGACAAAAAAUUAUACUAGAAGCAACAUCAAACUACAUGUUUAUUAGGCUAAUAAAGCACUCUACGUUACAUGACGUUUAUUUCAAAUCACAGUUCAAAUCGGUAAGUGGUGGCUGUGGGGGAAGCAUUGUUGCCCCAUCUGGUAUGAUUCAUUCAAAGAAUUACCCCAAAAAUUAUGACAAUAAUUUGGACUGUUUGUGGAUUAUAUCAGUACCUAAAUAUCAUAGAAUAAAGUUAGAGUUUACUGAUUUUGACUUGUAUUCUGCUGAAGAUGACCAUCCCUCGGAUGAUAAUGGAUAUUGCGGAGACUUCAUUAAAAUAUAUGAUAGUGAAAAUAUAUUUAACACCAAUUUUUCGCACCUUCUUUGUCCUGGUUGGAAUCGUUCUACGAUUAUGUCGAAUCAGCCGUAUAUACUCGUUCAAUUUAUUACUGAUUCAUAUGGUUCUGCCAAAGGAUUUAAAGCUAAUUUCACAAUGACAUGUGGAGCAACAAUUAUUGCUAACACAGACGGCGUUAUUACAAAUAACGAAUAUAUCAGUCGUAAUAAUCAGAAUUGCACCUGGACUAUUCUUGCCCCGAAAAACAGUGAAAAGGUAAAAUUAACGAUAAAGCAUAUAUCUUUAUCAAAAAAUUCUGAUAUUGUGACAAACAGAAAUUGUCCAUCAUCAUAUUUAAGAGUGUUUGAUGGUAAUGAUGACAAAGCGCCAUUAAUAGAUGAGUUCUGUGGUAGCAAAGUGCCUCCAACAAUUGUUAGUCGUGGUUCAGCACUCACAGUACAGCUUGGUACAUAUACCGAUAUGAUUAAUGGAAAGUUUUUGGCACACUAUUCUUCUUUGGAAACAUCGUGUGGAGCUGAAUUGACAUCAGAAGAAGGAUCGGUUGCCUCUCCCAACUAUCCCUUAUCAUACCCAACUAAUGCCGACUGUGAAUGGACUUUAAGUACCUCACCUGGAAAUAAGGUAUAUAUUACAUUUGAAACAUUUGACUUAGUUUAUUCUGAAAAUUGUAAUGAAGACUACUUAGAAAUACGAGAAAAUAAUGGCGGAGGUGAACUCUUAGCAGUUUACUGUGGCAAAGAAAUCCCAUCAAAUACGACGACGGGAACAAAACUUUAUAUUAAAUUUCAUAGUAGUAAUAAAAGCCCUUCUAGAGGAUUUCUUCUCCACUAUGGGUUCCUUCAUGGCAAUGAAAUUACCGGAAAACAAAGUGGCCAAAUUAGUUCACCAUUUUAUCCUUUGCAAUAUGAAGGAAGUGGUGAAUUUUCUUGGCGUAUUUUAACGGAGGGGUCUACUACAAUUUCUAUAGUAAUUGAUGACUUAGAAAUACCGAGGCAUAACGACAAAUGCUCAAGUGAAUUAAGAAUAUAUGAUGGGUAUGAUGAUGAAGCUCCGCUCUUAAGUGAAUUAUGUGGAGUUUAUAAAAACGAGAACCGUAACUUACAAACAACUUCAAAUGUUGUCUAUAUAAAACUAGUAUUAGACAGUUCAAGUAUAGGUUCACUUUUCCAUAUCCGAUGGGCACAAUCGGCUAGGACUAUACCUGAUUCCACUUCACAUAAUAAAAUUAAUUGUGGUUUAAAUCAGACUAAAACUGUAACACCACAAAGUAAUUUUAUUUUUAAUUCUCCGAAUUUUCCUAAUCCUUACGACUCAGAUUUGAAUUGCGAAUGGAUAUUUAAAACUACACCUGGACAUCAUUUGACUUUAUCAUUUAAGGAGAUCGAUCUGGAACAAACUCCAAGCUGUUUUGCUGAUUAUCUAUCGAUCUAUUCGUCUAAAAAUGGAUUACAAUGGCAACCUAUUCACGAAAAUGUAUGCCUCUCUGAUUUUGAGACUAAUAAAAUGAAUUCUUUGUCUUAUUUGAAGGUAAUUUUUAAGAGUGAUGGAUAUUCUUCACGCAAAGGAUUUCAAGCUAUUGUAAAGUCUGAAUGCGGUGGUACGAUAGAAAAUCCCUCCGGGAUUGUUGAAGUCACUUCACUUGAUUACGGUACAAUACAGAACAAUCAUAAUUAUAAAUUAAAAUGUAACUGGACAGUAAAAGUGCGCCCUGGACGCACCAUUAAAGCUAACUUCCUUAAUUUUCACAUUAAUAAUAGCAAUGAGUGUAAUACGUAUGUAUUAUUAAGAAAUGGAGAAAGUGUAGAAUCACCAAUUUUAGGAAAAUAUUGUGGUUAUUCACAUGAAAAUAUGAGUGAUAUUAUUUCCUCUUCAAAUGCAAUACACAUAACUUACAAUACAGUUAAAACUAUUGUGGGUUCGAAAGGUAAUUCUCAAACAUUUAAACUGCAGUAUGAAGAAUUAAAUGUAGAAUGCGGAGGAACAUCUAUACUGGACAGUGACCAUUCGUGGGAAAUAAUUAAUUCGCCCAAUUAUCCUUCAAUACCUGUACCCUACACCGAAUGCAUUUGGAUAUUUACUGGGCCACCAGGAGAGAUUUUAAGAAUUGAUUUCAUGGAUAGAUUUGAUUUAGAAAGUUCGAAUCAGUGCCAGUUUGAGCUUGUAGAAAUAAGAGAUGGGUCUUCUGAACUUUCUUUAUCGAAAGGUCGUUUUUGCAAAGAUCCUGGAACUAUAAAAACAACCAGUAAUACUAUGUUCAUUAGAUAUUCGACACAAACACCCGAACCCAGAAAUGGAUUUAAAGCUAACGUAACUAUAGAUGUUUGCGGAGGUACCAUUGUAGCUGAAAAAGGACAGCUAACUUCUCCAGGAUAUCCUCAUAUGUUAAUUCUUUCUCCAGGUUCUGUUUGUCAGUGGACAAUAAUAUCUAAAGAAAGGCACGUUAUUUUGUUAGAAUUUAAAGAUUUUGAUCUCCCUGAAUCAGAAAAACCAUGUCAAACCAAAGUUUCUAUUGAAGAACCAAUUUCAUAUAAUGGAACCGCUAGUGUGGGUUUAAGAAACAUUUGCAAUGAUGGUACAUAUGAAAGUAUAAAUCCUAUUGAAACCUUAAGUAAUAAAGUUAUUGUUAAGUUACAUAUGGGUAAACCGAGCCCUUGGACAUAUACAGGCGAAAGCCGAGGUUUCAAAUUAACUUUCAAUUCGUCGCGUCCAUCUUGUGGUGGAAGCAUUACAGCUUCUGAAGGUUUUAUAACUACUCCAGGCUAUCCAAUAGAAACCUCUUUACUAUAUUGUCAAUGGGACAUUACCACACCAAAUAUAAAUCGAAGAAUUCGAUUAGAACUUCUAGAUUUUGAUCCUAAUCAUAAUUUAGGAAUCUUAAAUGAUUUAUCUUUUACGCAUUCUUUAGGGGGAUAUUUCGAUGAGAAAAAUUUAUCAACAGCAGCUCCCGUUUUCGAGUCUACAGGAAAUAGACUCUCUUUUUAUGUAUGGAUGGGUCCAAUUUCUAAAACGAAACAUCGUUUUAAAGCUAGGUUUAGUUCAGAUGAACCAUCUUUAUGUGGUGGAAGAUUGAGUGGCAUUCAAGGCCAUUUGACAUUUCCUAACUUAGAUAGAUCGUAUGAUUGUUCUUGGAAGUACAAUGAUUUUCUUCAAUCGCUUACAAAUUCUACUUCAUUUGGUAGUAUAUAUUUGUCAAUUAAUAUGUCUUCAUCAGCUGGAGCAAUUUGUCGUUAUUCGGAUUCUAAACUUAAUAUUAUUUCAAAUGUAUUGGAUUCGCGUACUUUAGGCUCAUUAUUUAUACGCAAUAUUUGCGGAAAACAUUCUCAGUUGACCUAUCGAAUACCUGCAUUGAAUAUGGAUAUAAAGGCAACUCAAUAUGCGCGCAAUCCCAUCACCUUUGAUCUUGAUUGGAAAUUGCAACCAUGUGGAGGAUUAAUACAUGCUGUUGAAACAAGUAAUACCGUUCUAAAUAUUCCAUUGUCCCAUAAAGAUGAUAUUAAUUGUGCCUGGAUUCUUAAAUCACCUUCUGGAAUUAGAAUUAGUUUAAAACUGGAAGGCACCUUUACUUUAGACUGUUCUGACGAAUAUUUACAAAUUAGAGAAGGAAUUACUGAAACUUCGCCCGUUAUAGGAGAUUAUUGUAAAAAUAAAAUGCAGGAAAGUCCACUUGUUACAGCAUUUUCUCAUUUGUAUAUUCAAUAUUAUUCAAAGCCACAAAACAAUACAAACUUUAAACUGAUACCAACUAUUAUCACAUAUAUUUGUGGUGGUUUGCUAACACAAUUCGACCGAGUAUUUUCAUCGCCAAACUAUCCUAAAAGUUACCGUGAAAACCAAGAAUGUGUUUGGGAAAUUGAGGCUGAAACUGGCUAUAGAGUAUCACUACAAUUUAUUGACCGAUUUGUGAUCGAGGAUACAACGAACUGCACCAAAGAUGCCAUCAUAAUUUACGACUGGAUAGAAAAUGAAUAUAAGGAAAUGAGCAGACUAUGUGGCCGUCUUCUUCCUCCUAAAUUUAAUUCAACAUACAAUAAAAUGAAAGUUGUUUUUAGAACAGAUGCUUCAAUAAAUUUAGAGGGCUUUAAAGCACAGUGGACUUCAAUUUGUGGGGGAAGACUCGAAGCAAAACCGAAGGAAGGAUUUUUGUAUAGUCCUGGAUAUCCCAAUAAAUAUUAUCCGUCUUUAAACUGCCAAUAUGAAAUAGUGGCUCCAUCUGAAAAAAUAAUAAUACAAUUUUUAGACUUUGAACUCGAAGGGUCUUACCCAGAAUGUGAGUAUGAUAAUAUAACUAUGGAACAUCAAAGUGAUAAUAACUAUUUCUAUGGUGUUUAUUGUGGUAAAGAAAAACCUGCACCGUUACAAAUUUACGAUAGUGUCAAAGUUUCAUUUAAAACAGAUUUAUUUGGUCAACGGAAAGGGUUCAAAAUGUCUUACUCGCUUUAUAACUGCGGGGGGAUUGUAAGGGAGCCGACUACUUUAACAUCAGGAAUGUCAGAUAAUUACGGUGACAACAGUAACUGUACUUGGUUGAUUGAAGCUCCGAAAGACAAACUUGUCGUUGUCAAUAUCCUUUAUAUAGAUUUAGAAAGCUCGUAUGAAUGUUAUAGUGAUUACAUAGCAGUAUAUAAUGGAGCACAAAUCAAUUCUUCUAAACGCAUAGCAUUGUUAUGUGGCCAUGUUAAUACCACCACUAUCCUUAAGAGCAAUGAAAAUAGCAUGGUGUUUCAGUUUAUUUCUGACAGCUAUCUUAAUUAUAGGGGUUUUAAAGCAGAAGUACUAUUUACAUAUUCUGAGGCUGUAGGGUGUGGUGGUAUGAUUAACUUAAACACUUCCCGUCAGCAUAUUUUAAAAACCCCACUUUUCAAUAACAGUCCAGUGUAUGAAAAUUAUUUAGAAUGUCAUUGGACUAUUAAAGCACCAAUUGAUAAAGUAAUUAAAGUAGAAUUUACAUCCUUCCACGUAGCCCCUUGUGCUAAUGUUAAUCAAACAGAAUUAGGAUAUGACAAAUGUGAUUGUGAUAUUUUAGAAUUUAGAGAUGGUCUUAAUCCAACAAGUCUAUUAAUAGGUAAAUACUGUGGACAUAGUAUGCCACCACAAAUUUUCUCAUCGAGAAAUGUAUUAAGUAUAAGAUUUUCAACUGAUGGCGAUAUACAAAGUUCUGGAUUUGAAAUUAUGUUGACAUCUGAACCAUCUGUGUGUGGACAAUCUGUGUAUACAGUAUCAAAUAAAAUGCAACGGGUAAAGUCACCAGGAUAUGACAAAGGUUUAAUUCCUCGUGGCAUUCAUUGUAAUUACUUUUUUGAUACGGGAAGCUCAUUCUCAUCUGUUCAUAUAAGAAUAAACAACUUAGAUAUUGAAGCUAGCAAUGAAAACGCGGAAUGUGACAAAGACAAAAUCAUUAUUACCGGAGAAACGCAACAUCCAAAUGUAACUUUUGGGAAAGAUUUAAUUAUUGCCUCUCCAAACGACAACAUAUUCGUUAGUGCUUAUUUGUUUGAAUCUACAUUAGCGUUCCCAAAAGAGAUAGUACUGUGUGGUUCAAAAAAAUCAUUAGACUAUUACAUUACUUCAAAUAUAAAUAUACAUUUACAAACUUCAGCUGGAACUACAGCAGUGCAUCGCGGGGUAGAACUAGAGGUAUCAUUUGCUGGAUUCUGUGGGAGAAACUAUACGGAAUUACAGGGACGAAUAAUUAGAACAACAGAAAUAGAUAGUGACGCGGACACAGACUGUUAUACUUUAAUAACAGUUCCAGAAAACUAUACAAUAACAAUUUAUUUCAUAUCAAUCUCUCCCGCUUACACAAAUGAUAAUGUUUACUUGGAUAUUAUUGACGGUAAAGAUAAGAGUUCACCUCUUCUAUAUAAAAUAACGAUGGAUUAUCCAGAUGUGACACAAAUGUUCACGACGGGGAGAUAUUUGCUUCUACAUAAUCAUAUGGCGGAUCAGGAGGCUGUGAAUUUUGAUUUAAUAUAUGUCGCUACGAACAAAGGUAGGGGAUGUGGGGGUUAUAUACAUAAUGAAAUAGGAAGGGUUACAAGUCCGCUCCAUCCGGACACGUACAGAAGAAAAGCUACUUGUGAAUGGGAGCUAGAAACGCCAUCCAAUACACGAUUGUAUUUGCAUUUCACAGAAUUCGAUCUAGGUAGGGCUUGCGAACAAAAUUAUUUACGUCUUGUAGAUAAAGAGGGUAAUACGAUAUCUUCUUUCUGUGAAGAAACUCCAGCUGACUAUACGAGUCCAAAUAAUUAUGUGAAAAUAGUUUUUACAACUACCAUGAAUAAUGGUGGUACUGGUUGGGCCGCGAACUUUGUUGGUAUCAUUUAGAUCGUAAUCGAAGGCAAGGAAUUGAAGGAUAGUGCUUUCCUUCUUUGUUAUAUUAAGCUCUUGCUAUGCAUUAUGAAAUUUACGAAUAGCUGUAGAUUUAUGACAUUUAAAAAGUAAGAAAUUAAAAACUAUGAAACUGUGUUAAUAUUAAGAAUAAAUUCUGUAAACUACUUAAGGAGUAUAUAUAUGUAUUGUAAGCCUCCUUGUUACUUCCGCUUAUAAGUUUUCAUUGUUGUUUAGUAUACAUUUAGUAUUAAUAUAUAUUUAAGGUAUGAGUAUGUUCUUGCUUAUAAUACUAGUAAAAGUUUACAAAUAUUCUUUUU